AUUCAGGUUCUACGUGUCAUGGAGGUGCCGGAAAAUCUAAAAAAUCCGCAAAAUGCGCGCCGGGAAGGCUCAAAUAUGAAAUGUUUAGCGGAUUAUUCAGUAGAAAAAGAAGUCGGCGAGGGCUCAUUCAGCACGGUCUACCUGGCACGUCGAAAAGAACCCAAAAAUGACGAAAAUCCGGAAGUUGCGCUGAAAAUCUGCCUGAAAAGGCUGAUUUUGAAGAAUAAAAUGGUUCCGUAUAUUCAUCGUGAAAAAGAGGCGCUGGCGUUGAUUUCUCGUGAAGAAAACGCUCAUCCCGGAAUUGUGACGUUAUACGCGACUUUUCAAGACUCGGAGAGCUUAUAUUUUGUUCUAGAAUAUGCUAAAUACGGAGAUCUCUGCACUUUAAUGCAAAAACAGCCGGAUUCCAAGUUCAACGUCGCAGAUUCUCGAUAUUAUGCGGCCAAUUUGCUGUCAGCACUUGAACACAUUCACAAAUUGGGCAUAAUUCAUCGAGAUGUGAAAGCGGACAAUUUAUUGGUGAAAUCAGAUGGAAGAAUCAUGUUAACCGAUUUUGGAUCAUCGAAAUUUCUGUCAGAUUAUCAGAAAAUUCAGGAAAAUCCUGUGGAAGAAGAGCAGCCGACGGGGCGGCGGAGCAGUUUUGUUGGAACCGCGUUUUUUGUGACACCUGAGCUGCUGACCGGCUCCGAAAUGAGCCCAUCCAGUGAUUUAUGGGCAUUCUCCGUGACAUUGUACCUUUUCCUAACAGGAAUCUAUCCGUUCAACGAUAUGUCGGAAUAUCUCGUUUUUCGACGGAUUCAAGACAUUUUAUACACUUUUUCCGAAGAUUUUCCCGAUGAAAAUGCAAAAAAUUUGAUUGAGCGGCUUUUGGUUAAAGAGCAAAAAUCCCGUCUGACAAGCCAGGAAAUCAAGGAGCACAAAUUCUUCGAAUCGAUCGAUUUUGAGCAUUUGGAGCAGCUGGAGCCACCAAGGAUUUAUUGAUUUAUUGAUUUUUCGAUUUUUUUAACGAAAAAAAAAUUUUUAAUUUUGUCAAAAAAAAAUUUUUUUUUGGAAAAUUUUUUUUAUCACUUUUUUGAAAAAAUUUUUUUUUGAAAUUGUACAAAUUCCCAGAGCUUUACUUAUAAUUUAUGAAUAUUUAUUUUUUU